AUGGCCGAGAAAAAUGUGGGUCGACCAUGGACGGCCUAUGAAGAUUCUUGUCUCUCAGAAGCAGUCGCUAGAUACGGUGAGAAUGCUGAUUGGAAAACCAUCGCGCUUCAAAUUCCAGGCAGAACGAAUAAAGCAUGCCGAAAGAGGUGGCUUCAUUCUCUCUCACCUACAAUCAAGAAAUCCGCUUGGGCACGAGAGGAAGACGAAGCACUCGUCUCACUAUAUGACAUUCAUGGGCCAAAAUGGUCUUUAAUUGCUAGACAUAUUCCAGGGAGGACCGACGAUGCAUGCUCCAAGCGGUAUCGCGAGGCCCUGGACCCUCUCCUGAGGAAGGAAGACUGGGCUCCGGAGGAGGAUGCUAAACUGCUCGAGAUCAGUGCGAGGUUAGGCAGAAAAUGGAAACAGGUGGGACAGGAGAUGCAACGGAGUGGGUUGGGAUGUAGGAAUAGAUGGAGACUUCUAGAGCGCAAGGGCAUGCGAGCUCCGUUUGCGCAGCCCACAGUGGAUUUGACAGCGACGAUGUUACCCCCUUUCCCCCAUCUUCCUUUAGGCAUAGGGACAUCAGGAUCUUCUGAGUAUUGGCACGAUUUAACUAUACACGGAAUCAAUGUGCAGGCUCAUAGACCCCCCACUAUGACUACUGGCACAUCGGUAGACAUCUGCAACGUGGAGAACAGCAUUCAUGUUCGACACCCAUUACCCGCUUUUCAACCUAGCUCCUCGUCACUCAGCGCUGCACUCGCACUUGAGGACGCGAAUGAUUCACGUAUGGAUACCCCUUCCAGUUCAUCUAGGCAUCGCUCCCCGUCUCAUCAUUCUACCUCGGAUGUAACAUUGCAAGUGCAAUCGGCCCAAGAAACUGGCGAUCACACCUUGAUUGACGUUGAAUAUGAUUUCUCGUAUUCUUCAUUGACCUCAUCUCGAGCGCUGUUGGACAUUCCACAAGCCUACUCAAUGGACAGACACGGCUCUCCUCAGGUCGACGCUGUCUGUAGUAGUCCUGUACCUAGUCAGUGUCUUGAUUCCGGCUUACAAUCUGCCACAUCAACGCCUGUAAUCGCCACUCCUCGUGCCCUUUCUGUCCUUUCUUCAGCUCCUUCAGAAGACGAAUCUGCACUCGACAGUCAGUCAAAUCAAAGUGUACCCUUCGUUCUGAACCCUUCGCCGUUGUCACUGGCAUCUCCGAGAGCUGGCUCAUCCCGUACCAAUCACAGAAUUGAUGGCAGCAAGGUGUCUCUGCCAAUCCUCUCGGCAACCUUACCUGCCAGUGAAGACCCCUCCAUCCUUGGCUAUUCUUGCGGAUAUUCACAAUGCUGGCUACCUGAUACAUCUAAGAGCAAAUUUUGUUUCGCUACAUCCAAAGCUCUUUCUGAACAUGUUCGAGUCCAACAUCUGAACGAUUUGGAUGCUGACAGUAAGCCAUAUAGAUGUGGAUUGCAGGGAUGUGGAAGGGGUUGGAAAAGCAUCAAUGGUCUUCAAUACCAUCUGCAAAUAUCCAAAGCUCAUUUUCGACAAGCGAUCUCUACACUUGCAUCCGCCACUGCUACGGUCAUAGAGCCUCUAGCUACUCAGCCAUUCGAACAAGAGCCAGGUGCCAAUAUUGUCAAGAAAAAGAAGAAGACAUAUCCAUGUCCUCACUCGAAUUGUCUGCACGUGUACAAACAGCUCAGCGGUCUCAGGUAUCAUCUUGUUCAUGGACACCCUCGCGAGCCGCCUGCUCAGCUUCACCAUGUUCCGCCUACGUUGGCACGAAAGGUUGCUGAAAAGAUGCAGCGUGAAACAGGCGGGCCGUGA